AUGAUGGCAUCUCUCUCUGGAUCUACAAACUGGACAGAUGGGGGUGGUGGAGGCAGCACCACAGACUGGGGCAACCUGAGCUCUGCUGUCCCAGGAGCUCUGGAGGCAGCGGGAGUCUCAAGAGGCGACUGGAUGCAACUGGUGGCGCAGGCGGGGAACCUCUCUUCAUCCUUGCCGCCCCUGGAUCUAUUCGGGGGACCCUUGGCCACUACCUCCCCAGCGCCUUUGCAACCAACCGCAAAUCUCACCAACCAGUUUGUGCAGCCGUCCUGGCGCAUCGCGCUGUGGUCCCUGGCCUAUGGCAUGGUGGUGGCGGUGGCUGUCUUUGGGAACCUGAUCGUAAUCUGGAUCAUCCUGGCCCACAAACGCAUGAGAACGGUAACCAACUACUUUCUAGUAAAUCUGGCUUUCUCAGACGCCUCCAUGGCCGCCUUCAACACCUUAGUCAACUUCAUCUACGCUCUGCACAAUGAAUGGUACUUCGGGGCCAACUACUGUCGUUUCCACAACUUUUUCCCGAUCACCGCCGUUUUCGCCAGCAUCUACUCCAUGACUGCCAUUGCGGUGGACAGGUACAUGGCCAUUAUACAUCCCCUGAAACCCAGACUAUCUGCAACUGCCACAAAAGUUGUCAUUGGAAGCAUUUGGAUUCUGGCUUUCCUUCUUGCCCUUCCCCAGUGUCUUUACUCCAAAACAAGAGUGAUGCCUGGUCGAACGCUUUGCUAUGUACAAUGGCCAAAAGGUCCAAAGCAGAAUUUUACGUACCAUAUUAUUGUGACUGUGCUGGUGUAUUGCUUCCCAUUACUUGUCAUGGGCAUCACCUACACCAUUGUGGGAAUUACCCUCUGGGGAGGAGAGAUCCCAGGUGACACAUCAGACAGGUACCAUGAGCAGCUCAAAGCCAAAAGAAAGGUCGUAAAAAUGAUGAUUAUUGUUGUGGGGACAUUUGCCAUCUGCUGGCUUCCCUAUCACAUAUAUUUCAUCAUUACUGGCAUAUACCAGCACUUGAAUCGAUGGAAAUACAUCCAGCAAAUCUACCUGGCUAUCUUUUGGCUGGCCAUGAGUUCCACCAUGUACAAUCCAAUUAUCUAUUGCUGUCUCAAUAAGAGAUUCCGAGCUGGUUUUAAGAGGGCUUUCCGUUGGUGUCCUUUCAUUGAAAUGUCCACUUAUGAUGAGCUAGAACUUAAGGUCACCAGGUUUCACCCCACCCAACAAAGCAGCCUGUAUACUGUAUCCAGGAUGGAGUCCAUGACCGUGGUGUUUGACCCAAAUGAUGACCCCAACUCUAAAUCUGCACGAAAGAAGAAGGCAGCUUCAAGAGACACCAGCUUCAACGGGUGUUCCAGCAGGAAUUCCAAAUCAGCUUCUACCACCUCUAGCUUUAUAACCUCCCCUUAUGUGUCUACAGAUGAAUAUUCCUAA